CCACCUACCACGUCUCCCCCCGCCGCUCUCGCUCGGCGCCCCAGCCCUGCUGCGGCGCCUCCGCCUCCCUGCUAGGUCAGCCGGCCGCCCCGCCCGGCUGCUGCCCAGAAUGAACAUCAUGGAUUUUAACAUGAAGAAACUGGCGGCCGACGCCGGCACCUUCCUCAGUCGAGCCGUCCAGUUCACAGAAGAAAAGCUUGGCCAAGCAGAGAAGACAGAAUUGGAUGCUCACUUGGAGAACCUGCUUAGCAAAGCUGAAUGUACCAAAAUAUGGACAGAAAAAAUAAUGAAACAAACUGAAGUGCUAUUACAGCCAAAUCCAAAUGCCAGGAUAGAAGAAUUUGUUUAUGAGAAACUGGAUAGAAAAGCCCCAAGUCGUAUAAAUAACCCAGAACUUUUGGGACAGUAUAUGAUUGAUGCUGGCACUGAAUUUGGUCCAGGAACAGCUUAUGGUAAUGCCCUAAUUAAAUGUGGAGAAACACAGAAACGAAUUGGAACAGCAGACAGAGAACUGAUUCAAACAUCAGCUUUAAAUUUUCUCACUCCUUUAAGAAAUUUCAUAGAAGGAGAUUACAAAACAAUUGCUAAAGAAAGGAAACUAUUACAAAAUAAAAGAUUGGAUUUAGAUGCUGCAAAAACCAGACUGAAAAAAGCAAAAACUGCAGACACUAAAUCUUCAUCUGAACAGGAAUUAAGAAUAACUCAGAGUGAAUUUGAUCGCCAAGCAGAGAUUACCCGACUUCUGCUUGAGGGAAUCAGCAGUACACAUGCUCAUCACCUUCGCUGUCUGAAUGACUUUGUAGAAGCCCAGAUGACUUACUAUGCACAAUGUUACCAGUAUAUGUUAGAUCUCCAAAAACAACUGGGAAGUUUCCCAUCAAAUUAUCUUUGUAACAACAAUCAGUCUUCAGUACCAUCCGUACCCCCUGCUUCAACAAGUGUGAUUGGUCCUUCUGCAGUGGCUUCAAGCAAUCUGGUAAUCACAUCUCCUUCCAACCUCAGUGACCUUAAGGAGUACACUGGCACCAGAAAGGCCAGGGUUCUCUAUGAUUAUGAUGCUGCAAAUAGUAGUGAACUAUCACUUCUGGCAGAUGAGGUGAUUACUGUAUUCAGUGUCAUUGGAAUGGAUUCAGACUGGCUCAUGGGAGAAAGAGGAAAUCAGAAGGGCAAAGUGCCAAUUACAUACUUAGAGCUGCUCAAUUGAAUAGGUGGACAGUGGAAAGAUUACCCAUCAUGACACCAUAUUUAUAUACAAAUAACUCUAAAUAAAGCAGAUUUAAGUAUCUUC